UCUAGUUACAACAUGGACAAGCUGCUAUAUACAUGACAAUACUUGAGACAAAUGUGACGACACAGACAAACAGGCUACAAGAUACAGUGUGACAACACACAGAUGGACAGCUACACAGAUACAACAGGAUGUAGUAAAACAGAAACAACAUGCAGACUGACAGAUGCAUAGAUACAAUGUGAGAACACAGACAGAUACAGUACACACAUAUAUGACAACGCACAGAUGGACAGAGGCAUACAUACUGUAUGAGAACACACAGACCGAUGUGUAGACAAUAUGCAGAUGGACAGAUGCAUGGAUACAAUGUUACAACACAAAAAGGGGCAGGUGCUUAGAUGCAGUGUGACAACUCAGUUACAGACAUGGAUACAAUGUGACAACACAGACAGACAAGAAUCUAAAAAAAUAUGGCAACACACAGGCAGACAGCUGCAUAAAUACAGCCUGACAACACAGGCGGACAGAUCCAUAAAUACAGCCUGACAACACAGGUGGUCAGAUAUGGUUAACAAUGUGACAACACAGGGGAAGAUGAGUAGACACACUGUGACAACACACAGCAGACAGACGACUAGACACAAUGCAACAACACACAGACUGAAAAAUGAAAAGUCUUAUAGAUUGUAACAUUGUAUUUAUUGUACUGUGCACUACUACUACUGAUAUACUGUACGCUGUCACCCGAAGCAGUUGGCAGAUCAGGCCCCUGUCUACACCUCAUGAUGGCGUCGGACCUGGGUAGCAGCUUGACCUCUAUAGACUGGCUCCCGCAGCUGACCAUCCAGGCUGCUAUGAAAGGGUCACAGCAGGGCAGCGGAGGAAGAAAAGGACCGGGAUCUCCCACUGACCCCAACGCCAUGUUAACUAAGGAGGAGGCGGCGGCACACCGUGAUGGAAAACCCCCUUAUAGUUAUGCCAAUCUCAUCCAGUAUGCAAUAAACUCUGCACCUGCCAGGAGGAUGACCCUCAGUGAGAUCUAUCGCUGGAUCUGUGACAACUUCCCCUAUUACCGCAAUGCCGGUGUAGGGUGGAAGAACUCAAUCCGCCACAACCUGUCACUAAAUAAAUGUUUCAGGAAAGUGCCGCGCCCCAGAGACGACCCGGGAAAGGGAUCGUACUGGAUGAUUGACAGCUGUCCCAAAGAAGAUGUAGCCCUCCCCCGCAGAAAGCGUCCACACCCCGACGAUGAGCUCUCCCAGGAUUCCCCCGAACCGGAGGUCAAUAAAAGCCCCAUGAGUUCCACCAGUGAUGUGUCCUUACCUACAGAAAACACUCAAGGUCAUCACAUGGAAGGCAACUCAACCCUCCCCAGCUACAGCCAGGCUGCCUCUGCUCAUAUGCCAACAGACUCCAGGACUUCAUCCUACAACAACAGCGACUGCUACAAGUUUUCCUUCUCGGAGAUCCCCGACCUCAGCAGUUCCUUCCGCAGCCUAUACCGUACAUUGCAGGGUAAACAGGGGCUGUCACCUCUCCCCACUGACGUACAGCCGCCAUCGUCAAGCUGCUGCAUGUACCAGCAGAAUUCGGGGGAGUCCUCCUCGCUGCACCCCCACAACGUCCCCAACAUGAACGCGCCCUCCUCUUCUCACCAUCAAAGCCAGCACCAGCAGCCGCCCUACCUGCCCUCCCAGCAAAUGCCUCGCCCCCCUGCCACCGGGAUGUCUAUGGGACUUCCCAGUGACUGGUGCUCCAACAUAGACUCCUUAAAGGAAAGCUUCAAAAUGGUCAGCAAUUUGGACUGGUCAAACGUGGAUCUGUCCCAGUUCUCAGACCUGAUGGAGAGUCUACGUCAGGCAGAACUGAAGAACUGGAGCCUGGAUCAGCACCACAUCGCCAGCUUGUGCGACUCCUUAAGUCACCUGCUCAGUCACACCGGACUCCUGCCUCCCGGCUCCUCACAUGGACAAGCGGCCUCCUGCCAGGCUCAGUGCAUGCCCCCCACCACCAGCAGCGCCUGCGCACUCCAGGGGGCAAAGCCAGGUCAUACCAUGGCAGUUACCUCCUACGGGCAGAACCAGCAGCCGCCAGCAUCCUGUGGUCACAAUUUCAUUGCACCCCCUGGGUUUCCCAUUCAAACCCAGGCCCCCCCAACAUACAGCCAACAAGGUCGCCAUUCUCAACGCGCUAUGUAUCCGCCAACUCGCCAGGUACUCCGUUAUCCGCCCAGCGAAGAAAUACAAGACGACUUUGAUUGGGACUCUAUCGCUUAAAGACUCUGCACUGCAAAACCCCAGGCGGAAUGCAAAAGAAAUCAAGGCGAGGGUUAAAUCCUCCCUCCACGUGUAUAGAUAUAUAUAAAUAUAUAAAUGUAUAUCUUCGCCCGACAAUCAGGGCCAAUGGGCCCCUCACUGGAUAAGGAGACAAUUCAUGAAGACCCUUCCCACACACGCAGACUCUUCAACCUCUCCCUCUGUGACACUGACGAGUAAGAGAAACGGCGAGGACGGCGACUUCCUCCGACCGCCUAGUAUUUCCCAGUGCCAAGGUGAUCCGGUGUUACCGUGGGAGAGGGCAUUCACGGUGUCUCUGGGGAGCGGAAGGCUGGGUGGCCACUCCACCCAAGGCCAACUUAUUUAUAAAGCGUACACCUAUUGCACAGCACAAAGUGUUAACCAAGGAGUCUGCAGCCAUCUUGGACUUGAGACGUUGGUGAGAUUUCCUACAGACUUUCCCCCAGUCUCUGGACAUAGCCCAUCCCGAAAUCCCGGAAACAACUGUUCGCAAAGCCGCGCGAUUGUCCAUCCUCUUUGUAUUGCUACAGUUUCAUGUUAGAUGUCUCUUAUGGUUUAACCGUUUUGUUGUGAAGUUCAUUGCUGUAGUGGUAUGUGGCACUGAGUGGACCCUACAACGCCAUGCGUGGCUUCAUGGUUUGCGCACCACAAAAACAAGGCUUUUUUUUUGUAUAAUAACUCCCUCCAGCACUUCUUGUUUUGGGGCGAAUUCCAGGGUUGGGUUCCAUCUUGGAUCGUCACGGGACUGGCAAUGAUGGUUCCCGGGCACGCAAGUCACAGUAGACUUGUCUAGUAUGGAGGUAAUCUCAGAAGACAAAGACCACCACAGUGAUGAAUAGUGCAGUAUCAGAGAAUCCAUGGCUGGUUGAUGGGCACAGUCUACUAGUCAAUGAUUAUCCUGGCCACAUGUGGGCACAGUCCACUAAUCAAUGGUUAUCCUGGUCAUAGUGGACACACUCCACUAGUCAAUGAUUAUCCUGGUCAUAGUGGACACAGUCCAGUAGUCAAUGGUUUUUCUGAUCAUAUAUGUACACAAUAUACUAGUCAUUGGUUAUUCAGGUGAUAUGUGGGCACAGUCUACUAGUCAAUGGCGAUCCUGGUCAUGUGAGCACAGUCCACUAGUCAAUGGUUAUCCAGAUUAUGUGUGGGCACAGUCCACUAGUCAAUAGCGAUCUUGGUCAUGUGGGCACAGUCCACUAGUCAAUGGUUAUCCAGAUUAUGUGUGGGCACAGUCCACUAGUCAAUGGCGAUCCUGGUCAUGUGGGCACAGUCCACUAGUCAAUGGUUAUCCAGAUUAUGUGUGGGCACAGUCCACUAGUCAAUGGGGAUCUUGGUCAUGUGGGCACAGUCCACUAGUCAAUGGCGAUCCUGGUCAUGUGAGCACAAUCCACUAGUCAAUGGUUAUCCAGAUUAUGUGUGGGCACAUUCGACUAGUCAAUGGCGAUCCUGAUCAUGUGAGCACAGUCCACUAAUCAAUGGUUAUCCAGAUUAUGUGUGGGCACAGUCCACUAGUCAAUGGCGAUCUUGGUCAUGUGGGCACAGUCCACUAGUCAAUGGCGAUCUUGGUCAUGUGUGGGCACAGUCCACUAGUCAAUGGCGAUCUUGGUCAUGUGUGGGCACAGUCCACUAGUCAAUGGCGAUCUUGGUCAUGUGUGGGCACA